AUGUCUGAGCCUACAAACACACCCGCAGCUCCAGAUCAGCAGCCCGCUGUGCCGGCUGACGCUGCUCCCGAAGGAGAUGCCCCUGCCGGUCCGUCCAAAUCCGAGCUCAAAAGACGAGCCAAAGAAGCUGAAAAGGCGAAAAAGGCCGCGGAACGAGCGGCUCGAGAAGAAGAGGAGAAGAAGAAGAGGGAGGCAGAGGCUACCGUAGACAAUGCCAGUCAGAACUAUGGCAAGCUACCUCUGCAUCAGAGUCAGGAGAGAUUGGGCCGGACUUACCUCAAGUUUGGGAAACUGAGUCAAGAGGAUGUUGGCAAGCCUGUCGUUUUCCGGGCUAGAUUGCACAACAUGCGACCUCAGGGAGCCAAGAUCGUCUUUUUGUCGUUCAGACAGCAGACUCACACGCUUCAGGGUGUACUCGUUGCCUCAGGGGACAAGGACGAGCACCAGGUCUCGAAGCAGAUGCUGAAAUUUGCCCAACUCAUUCCGUCUGAAUCUCUUGUGGUCGUCGAGGGUGUAAUCAAGUCGGCUGAAGUCAAGUCUUGCACUAUUCAAAACUUUGAAGUUGGCAUUCGCAAGCUCUACACUGCGGUCGAAGUCGCUCAACUGCCUUUUUCCAUUGAUGACGCUUCCAGACCCGAGUCCGACUUCCAAAGGAUGGAGAACGAAGACGUUCAAUACUCUCGAGUUUCCUUGCCGACUCGACUCGACAACCGAGUCAUGGAUCUCCGAACACCUGCCAAUCAAGCCAUUUUCCGAAUCUCCUCUGCCGUCUGUCAAAUGUUCCGAGAGCAUCUGACAUCUGAGGGCUUUGUGGAGAUCCACUCGCCAAAGCUACAAGGCGCUGCUACCGAGUCUGGGGCCAGUGUCUUCAAAGUUCAAUACUUCAACGGGACCGCCUUCCUCGCACAGAGUCCUCAAUUGGCCAAACAGAUGUGUAUCGCAGGGGAUAUGGAGCGAGUCUUUGAGAUCGCCCCAGUAUUCAGAGCUGAGAACUCGAACACUCACCGACAUAUGACUGAGUUUGUCGGACUCGAUCUGGAGAUGGCCAUCGAAGAACACUACCACGAGGUUCUCGAUGUACUCGAUAACUUGUUCUUGACCAUUUUCCGUGGACUUCAAUCGAACUACUCACACGAGAUUGAGACAAUCAAAAAACAAUUCCCCUGUGAUGACUUCCUGUUCUUGGAAAAGACCCUGCGACUCAAAUUCAGCGAGGGCAUGAAGAUGCUUCGUGAAGCCGGAGCUACGGACAGCGAGGGCAAUCCCAUUGGCGAGAUGGAUGACAUGAGCACCGAGAACGAGAAGCUUCUCGGUCGAUUGGUCCGAGAGAAAUACAAGACCGACUACUUCAUUCUCGACAAAUUCCCCCUUGCCAUUCGACCAUUUUACACCAUGCCUGAUCCCGUCGAUGUCAACUUGUCCAACUCGUACGACUUCUUCAUGCGAGGAGAGGAAAUCUUGUCUGGAGCUCAACGUAUUCAUGAUCCCGACUUUUUGGUGGAGCGAAUGAAGGUUGCUGGUAUCGAGCCUUCGAGCAUGCAGGGUUACUUGGAUGCCUUCAAAUUGGGUGCACCUCCCCACGGAGGUGGAGGUAUCGGGCUGGAACGUGUCGUCAUGCUGUUCCUGUGUCUCGAGAACAUUCGAAGGGCUUCUUUGUUCCCUCGUGACCCGAAGAGGUUGAUGCCGUAG